AUGGGAAACAUACUUAGACUUUGUCCAUCAAAUGACAACGCCCUAUAUGCAUGGUCGACAAAAACUGACACAGUUUUUCUAACCGAAAGUUCUCCGACCAUCUACCCGAUCAAGGUGGUAUCUGGUCGAAUCCGUGAACAGAUUACUGGUGCGAAACUGAGAAGUAAUCCGCAUAACCUGAUCAACGUUACAUUAGAAAACCCAUUACAAGCAGCGCCGCUACCUAAUUUAAUAGAUACUCAAGUCAGCAAUUCCAUGACAAUGUCUAGCUCAGAUAUAGAAAUCUUACCAUCUCAAGGCCUGGUGUCUACCCUUCCCAAAUUUUUUCUUUCCAAUGUACGAUCCAUAUCCAAUAAAGUAGAUGAUUUUGAUGUAGUCGUCCAAAGAAAUGGCAUAGAUUUUGCGGGAAUUACAGAGACAUGGUUGGAUCCUAGCAUCCCGGAUAGCUGUAUAAAUAUGCAUGAUUUUAAUUAA